AUGAAUGUCUUAAGGACUUGUAAACAGCUGUCAAGACUUGGACAAAACACUGUGGGUUUAUUUACAUUGAUUAUGUUUAUAAUUAGUUGAGUGCCAUUGCUCAGAUCUGCUCGCAAAAGAUUUGUGCAUGUGCUUGCUUCAAUGUGUGGUGUGUUUGAGGUCUUCUGUCCGUGGUAUAUGUUAUAUAGGCUUACCGGUGUUGUCAUUAUGUAGAGAUAAUAUUUUGAUUGCAUCUUUUUUUCACAGCAGAUAAUUCAGCAAGGAAUAAUAAGAACCUUAAUACGGCUUCAGUCAACACAAACAGAGACUCAGGUUCGUCACAUACUAUUGUAGCUUUGCGCAUGGUGAAAUUCGUAGUACUAGGUUAUAUUCAUUCGACUACUGUUAUCAAUAUUAUUCAGCCUAUAUACUGGCAAGGGAUUUAUCAUUACUAUUUUUUCUCUUGUUUUGCAGAACUUGAGGGAGACCCUCUAUCGAGUUGUACCGGAAAAACAAAAAGAAGUGGCAGAUUUUAGGAAGGAAUAUGGAGACAGAUCUCUGGGGGAGUAUACCGUUGACCAGGUACAUUUCACACUUCAUGUCAUUAUUGUGACAAUUGCAUCAUCGUUCGCUUUACGAUUCUAUCACCACUAUCUGCUCCGAAAGGUGUAAAACAGUGAAAUAAUAAUUUUUUUAUCAAUUAUUGGAAGCAUUGUAAAAAUCACUUCACUUUUAAGUGGACCACAUCAUGUAACAAGUGACAACAGAAAAAGUACGCUGACAACAAUGGAACGUUCUAACGAUUAUUAACUAUUUUAACCCAGCUUGGUUAUGCUCUGUUAUCUCUUACAAACGCAUUGUGAUGUGGUUGUUAUUCAUUAGGUAAAUCCUGUUGAAAAUAUGACUUGUUUCUCCUACCAUUAACCAAGAACUGAAAAAAAAAAAACGAGUAGUAUUUCUAGAUGAUAUGAGACACCUUGUUUUCUGAUGAAAAUCCCUUAGCUUGGACUGUGGUGAAGUGAAACUUGAUCUUUGUUAUGGGUUCUGCAGAAGCAUGAAAACUUGAAUUCAGGUGUCACUUAUAAGCCAGUUUAUCAUAAGUCAAACUUGGCUCCUACUUCCCUAAAUCGUAAUGCAUCUUCUCUGUUUAAUAAACUCAACCUUAGAACCUAGUUAUUUUUUUAGCAAGAGUUUUUGUAGUUCAAAAACUAGACUAUUGUGUACCUAGUAUCAAGUCAGCAAUAAAGGAAACAAAAAAUUACACAGGACCACAAAUCCUGUUAAAAAAAUACAUUUCAAAGUUAAUGAAUUUAGUUCAACAAGACAUUAGCAAAAGAAGGAUAUUACCAUCCUCCCAUCAUGCAUUGUGGUCAAACUAUAUUAUCAAAUGGCUGAAUCCCAGCGUGACUCAUUUCAAAAUGUCGCCGUGGAGGCAACACAAGGGCACAAGAGAGAAAUGAUUCCUUAGAAAUCCAGUAUAGUUGGAAAACUAUAUUGAUUGUACAAGUUACAUGUACAUUGUAGCAACAGUUGCCCUCCUCAGCUCUAAUUGUUUGCCAUUUAAAUUUUUUGUUGAGAUUGUUUGACCAUAUGUAAAUAAAAGCUUACUGAUAAACCUUGGCUACGGGGUCCGCAGUGAAAUAAAUGUUCAAUAAUACUUCUUAGAAUCUGGCUACAUGUUUUUUAGUAAAGUAUGCAUUGAAUGUAGAAAGUAUCAAAGAAGCUGGCUACAUUAAAUGAUUAACAUGACCAGUGGAUAUCUUACUCAGGGUUGCCACUGCCAGGGAAAAGUCAGGGAAAAACAAAAAUUUUUCAAGGUCAGGGAAAAGUCAGGGAAAAUCCUUGAUAUUGUCAAAGUCAGUGAAAAGUCAGGGAAUUCUGUUUUCCAGUUUAUAGUUCAUAAGUUUUCUUCGACACUUUGAAAUGCAUUUUCUUUCAGAAAAGAUGAAAAGUAUGCUGUAAAGCAAGCACAGCAAUCAAUUUGACACUUUACGCCUGACAUACACCUGUAUGUAGUAGUUGUGGUCAGUGGUUUUCAUUCUGAAUGCUUUCUUCCAAAUUCCUUCUUCCUCUUACGCGAAAAGCAGAAAGAGGUUGAAAAUGAAGAGAAAAAUAUUGACAGCCUGCAAAAUAAGCGAAAGCAAAUGUAAACAUUGAUUGUUUUUCAUUAAUAAAAGGUCUGUGAAAAGUCGGGGAAAAGUCAAGGAAUUUUUAACGUUCUGAUGAGUGGCAACCCUGUUACUGAGAUGGCCUACACGUAUAUAACGACAUGUACCCCUCUUUCGCAUCUUCAAACACUGUUGACCUCCAACUCUACUGUCGUGAAACAGUAACUACAGUCACAGUAAUCUGCUGUCUGACUAUAAGAAAAAGUAAAAGGAUACUAUUUAAUUGUAAACUUGUUGAAAAUAUUACCAAGUGCACUCCUGCAACGGAAACUGCAAUGCAAUGAAAUAAUAAUUAAUAAAAAACCAAAAAGUGAUUAAUUUUUAGAGUUUAUUCCAUUUAUUCUUAUUCUGAAAUAAAUGGGUGCUUAGAAUACCUAAAGAUUUUGGCUUCUGAAAAUGAAAGAGUCAUAAAACUCCUUUUGUAUUAACAUCUGGCUUGUUUUCAAGGUUUAUGGAGGAAUGAGAGGUAUUACAGGCUUGAUCACAGAGACAUCACACUUAGAUCCAAAUGAGGUUAGUUCUCAAUUAAAGAAACAAACUUACAUCUGUACUUUAAAAGAACCUAAGAGGAAUCUAAAUUAAUUUAUGUGAUGUACUGUUGAUGUAUAACAACAUUGCAAGGUCUGAAGGGCAUGUACAUGGCAAUGAUGCCAUUUGCUGCCCCCCACCCACCAAAAAAAUCUGAAUGGGCAUCCCAUAAAAUGUGAUGGAAAAAGGGGAUAACAUCCACGAUUUAUACGUACGUGUAGAUGCAAGUCAAACAGUGUUCUCCUUAUCAGGCGGUAACCGGUAAAAUUUACCACUUAAAACAACACUUCUUACCGCCUGCAACCACUUGAAGUGUUACUAAAAUUAAAUAAGUUGCCAUAAAGAUAUUAAUCAUAUGUAUAAAGGGUUUAGUUUUAUCAUUAAUUUUGUCUCAUGAUCGUCACUUCGCUAUUGAUCGCAACAUUUCGACCGCACACUGCAGGUCUUCAUCGGGCGAAAGUGUCAAUUUACUGGGUUAAACUAUCUGUACCACCGUGGUUGUUAAUGAUUGGUGCGUCAAGAAGGGGAAUUGUGUUGACACAUUAAUCAUAAAAGAUUCGGAAGGACGCCUUACUACAAAUCUUUACAGAAAACGUACACAAACUGAUCAGUAACUGUCUUAUGACUCACACCAUCCUCAAUCGGUUAAACGCGGUGUUGUCAAGUGUUUGUACGAUUGAUUGAAACCUCUGAGGAAAAGAAGCAUUUAACUUCUGUCCUUGUCUCCAACUGAUACCCCUAUUCCUUUAUAACUAACAUCACAAAAUCCAAGAACCGACGGGCCUCUGACAAAGAACCUGCAACCGAAAUUAAAUCCACAGCAGUUCUGCCAUACGUCAAAGGUGUUUCUGAACCACUUCAUCGUUGCCUACAACAGCAUGGUGUACGAUCUGUUUUCAAAUCCAAUACGAUACUAAGAUUGCACUUAGUGCGACCUAAGCAUCCUGUGGAUCCACGAAAACAAGAUGGAGUAGUGUAUAAGAUUCCUUGUGAAUGCAGCAAAGUUUAUGUUGGCGCAACAGGAAGGUGCAUGCAUGAACGGAUUAAAGAGCACGGCAGGGAUAUAUGGCUUUCACGAACUCAAACUUCAGCCAUUUCUGAACACGCAAAUAAGACCGGGCAUUAUCCACUCUAGGACAAAGUUAAGUGUAUUGACCGAGACCCUCACUGGUACUCUCGCAGAGUUGAUGAGGCUAUCCACAGAAGACUUCACCCUAACAAUAUCAACAGGGACAGUGGGAUUGAGAUUCCUGAAUCAUGGAUGCCUACACUCAGACAACAUGUCAACCGACCUGUACCACAGCGCACCGCGGAGGGAUCAGUUUCUUCCUCUCACAAUCCCAACAAUGCUUUGGAUCGAAACCCACCAAGCUUGAGGUUUGUGAUGCACCAAUCACUAACAACGAUGGUGGUAGAAAUAGCUCAACUCAGUAAAUCGACUCUAUCGCGUGAUGAAGACCUGCAGUGUGUGGUUGAAACGUCGCGAUCAAUAUCAAAGUGACAAUUGUGAGACAAACAAUAAAACUAAGCCCUUUAUUAAAUAACUUGUUUCAAAGAAUAUGCAAGUUAUGACCCAAGCCGAUCCUAACAAGAAAAGAAAGUAAAUACGGAAAAACAAAAAGUAUACACAGCUAUUCUCUCAGAUUACUGACUAGUUUCUUUCUUUACUGGUCAAGAAUGGCCCCUUACCUUCUGAGCUAAAAUUAUGGGAGAACACUGGUCAAAACUAAAAAAUUUCAGCAUAAGUAGAUGAUUUCCUUUGAUAAUAUUGCAAUUUUUUGGUUGGCACACAUAUAUCAUUAAGUUAGGAUGGCUCUUUUUGUGUUGGCAAUCCAGCAUCUUUGAGGGUGAAAAUUACUUGAUAACAUUGACUUACAGUUGACUAAAUUUGUUUAGGGCAGUCUUAGUUGGAAACUUAAUUUUCCCUUUUUGUGUGUCUAGGGUAUUGAAUUCCGAGGUUAUACAAUUCCCCAGUGCCAAGAAGUAAGUAAAAUAUUAAACAAUAAUAUUAUGGGAUAAGGUUUGGCUUGAUUUGUCAGUAGGGAGCAGAUAAAUAAAUUAAACAAUGCAUAUUUCAUGCACCUCCAUGUUUCUUUGCCUGAUACAGAAUAUUCUUAGUUCAGAUAACUACCAUUUGAUUUGGAAACAUCCAGUCAUUGUACAUUUCAAUGAGAAUUGCUUGUGUCUGUGCAAGCUGGUCAUGACAAUAUUAUGUGCCCCAAUAGCAUAAUAUGAAAUAGGUUAUACAAAUUCACCUUGAUAUGUUUGUAUUGUGCUAAAAGGAACUAAACAUGACCAAAAAAAACUGAAGAAUUGUCUUGCUUAAAAAAGAAUGGAAGGUAAAUGCUAAAGGUGCCCUUGGCAGGUAAAAGUCUGGGUUCAACUUGAAGUGGAAUGCAUUGUGGGAUGCAAUGUGGCAGCUUCAUGGCUGUAUCUAUUAUUAUUGUUUUUAAAUGGCCAAACAAAAACAGAAGCAAAGCCCCCCCUGAUAUUUUUUCUCUUCAGAUGAAAUUCACAAUCGUGAUGAUCAAAAAAUUAGUACAACAACUGCCAAGUGCUGCUUUGGCCAAAAAAAAAACUAGGAACCAAAUAAUUGGAAAAAAUAACAAUACAUCCAAACAGACAGCCUAAAAGCACAUGGAGCAAGUGGAGGGCAUGCCAUACAUGUAAGUGUAAAGGCGAAAUGUGUAAGCGAGAAAUCAAGGGAUAAGAGACCCAUGCCUGCAUCUCUGUCAUGUGUUGAUGUUGUAGGAGAUUUUCUUGGUAAUUGCAAUGUCCUCAUCUUGUUGUGAGAGGACAAAAUGUGAAGGCCUUGCUUUACGGGGUAAUGAGCCAUGACCAAUUAUUGUUGUAAAAGUGUCCUCAACCAAUGGUUAUGAUGCUUAAUUUUACGUAAAAAAAACAUUUAAAUUGUAGCAUCAUUGAAAUUUUAGGGAGAAAGGUAUGGCUUAUCCUUCUGGAUUUACAAUAUAAUUAUUGUAACUAGUACUGACUGUAUUGGAUGUUUCGUGUAUGUAGCUUUUACCAAAGGCUGAAGGUGGCGAAGAGCCGUUGCCUGAAGGGAUUUUCUGGUUACUGAUGACUGGUGAAAUUCCAACCAAAGCUCAGGUUAGUUGAUUUACUUAACUUUACCUUUCCUUGCCACGGCAUGGGAAAGCUUUGGUCAAGUUGUCAAAGAUAAGUAGAUUUUCCUGCCGGCCAAGAUACUUUUCAUAUUCACUGGCCUGAUGUCAUCCUCGGAGACCCAGGGGCAGAUAGUGGGGGCGAGGGAAAGUCUAAACGAGCGGAAAAAUAUGUCACGAAGAAAAGUAAAGAACGGCGAGAAGAGCCCCUGGGGACAAUGUCUUACCAGACCAGUUCCAAACGGUUGCCGCCGUUCUGCACAGCCCUGACAAACAGUGAAAUUCUCUUCAUGACUGAACUGGUCUGGCCAGGUGGUUUUUAUCUAUAGCAAGUUUCCUGGUGAACUAGACAAGAAAGUAAAAGCUGCUUGCCCAUAGGAAAAGUUGUGAUACCAUUUAAAAUGUGCACUUAAUGGAUACCUCAUUUUCAGGGAAUGCUACACUGUAUCUACAUGUAAAACUGGGCUUGCUGGAGAUUUGCUGCAUUACACUUCAUGUAGCAAGAGAGAAAACAGAACAACAGAACAGAACUAAUAUGUCAAACGCAUGUCAAAAGUUCAUUGUGAAAUUAGCCCAUCAGAAAUUUUCAUUGAACAGCAUAAAUUAGCAUACUUUAUGUAAUUCCGACAGUUGUGUCUCAUCAAAACUUUAAAACUUCACAGAAUCCCUACCUCUCUAAUGCUCAGUAAUGUGGAAAUUGAAGGGGCUGUGUCACGGCACCCACUUCAUUUUGUAAAAAUUUUGCCAAUUACUCACCCUCGGUCGCUAUGGAACUUAAUGUAAGCAAAGAAAUUACAUGUAAAUGACAAAAUCAGAGAUCCGAGACAAACAAAUACGUCUCCCAAGCAUUAUUUUUAAAGUUGCAAGCGGCAGGGAUCAACUUUGAAAAACUGUUGGGCUGAACACUCAGUUUUCAAAAACCCUUAUUUCAAUCCAAUUCAAUCUUCUUCACUUUUGCCCUUCCGUGGAAUCUGUUGUUUCUGCUGUGUUAUUUUAACCUUCCUUUAAUGUUUUAAGCGGUUAUUUUUAUGUUUCUCUUAAUUUAACGGGCAUUUUGUAAUUACCUAAUUUGUCUGAAUUUCACAGCUCCUUUAAGCUUUCUCCAUUUGGUUCUAAAGUAAAUGAUGACCAUUGUUACCAUAUACAACAGGAAAAGAAAAUUGAAACAAGGGCAUAAAAUUGACUCGCAACUUUUAUUCCUUUUUUUUCACAGGUUGACAAUUUGUCGAGAGAGUGGGCAGCCCAUGCUGACUUGCCACAACAUGUUGUACAAAUGUUAAACAACUUUCCAGAAACCAUGCACCCAAUGAGUCAGUUCAGUGCUGCCAUCACAGCCAUGAACACAGAGAGCCAAUUUGCCAAGGCUUAUGCACAGGGAGUGCAUAAAGCUAAACACUGGGAGGUAAAAUCAGCAAUGACUUGCUGUUUAAAGGAAUGACUUGCUGACAUUGUCAUUAAUUUUAAAAAUUUCUAAUAUGUGAGGUUUAAUAAUAUUCAGAGUGCAGGAGAAAUAUUUAUCAACUGAACAAUCAGUACAGUUUUGUAUGCAACUGAUGAAAGCCUGGAACAAUUUAGGCUUGACAGGAUUUGAACCCUGACUUCUGUAGUACCGUUGCAAUGAGCAAUUUUAAUUGUCAGGUUCACCUAUUAAUGAUACACAUUUGUCAGAAAAAAUCUUACUUGUCGUUUGUUGACACCUUGACACAUGGUGUGACAUUAAGGAUAGUAGGCGGUUAUGAUCCCACUAGUCUGGAAAGGCCAUUGACACUUGGAUAUAGGACAAAAAUGUCAACGUUUAGGGAUUGUUUUUACAUUGAAUUCUCCUGCUCCCAUGGUUGAUUAGAACUGAAAUAUAACCCAUGUUCUACAUUGUAUAGACCCAUUCCAAAAACAGCAGCUUCGUUAAAUAUUUUUUGGUUUAUGUUAAAAUCAGCUUUACUGUAUCUUCCCUCUCAGGAUCAAAAUUCAAAACAGUAUAAUUCUUUGUCUUAAAUGAGGUUAGUGAAGCUAAUUUCAACAUAAAGAAAAGAGUAUAAAACUACCCGCCAUUUGUGGAGUGGUUGUAUUCCCUUGUCCAUGGUUGUUGUUAACUAUGACCAUCUUUUCUGUUUUCCAGUAUACAUUUGAGGAUGCCAUGGAGCUGACAGCCAAAAUAACAACCGUUGCAGCCUACAUCUAUAGGAAUGUCUUCAAGGAUGGAAAAGUUGCUCCCAUAGACCCCAAUAAAGACUGGGCAGAUAACUUGGCCACUAUGCUGGGUUUUGAAGACCCCAUGUUUCAUGAAAUGAUGCGACUUUACCUUGUUCUUCAUGCUGAUCAUGAGGGAGGUAACGUCAGUGCACAUACCACUCAUCUUGUUGGUAGUGCUUUAUCAGAUCCAUAUUUGUGUCUUGCUGCUGGAAUGAAUGGCCUGGCUGGACCACUGCAUGGUCUUGCUAAUCAGGUAACUACAUCAUUUUGUAAAACAUGCUCUGAGAAAACAGACGAUAUUAUUAUUUCGUGAUGCCACCACAAUGGUUAGGGUCGAGUGAAAAUAUUUCUACACUUUGGUUUGAUUUCCACUGAUGCGUUUUUGGCUACACAUGUUAACACAUGCAAAUUUUAAUCAUGUAAAAAUGAUAGAGGCAAGAUAAAAAGUGCUGAGUUUAAACAGGAAGUUGAGCAAGGUUCAACUUUUACGCCUACAAGCAACCUUUCAUGCAUUGCCUCCAUUUUAUUUGCAAACGUAAAUUUUACGCACUUACGGAAUCUGAUGUAAAAAUUACACGUCACUGGAAAUCGACCCUUAGUCACUUAGUUAUAAAACUACACUACCACCCUGUGUUAUUCACUCCAAUAAUUGAGUCGCAAGAUUUGUGCUAAAGUCAAAGUUAGACUCGCCUUUGUUGUUGACUUUUUAGAUACAUUUUCAAAGGGCUAACUCAGUGUUAAAAGCCAUUAUGAAGUUUUAACAAAUUUGCAUGCGUUCAGUUAGCAUCUAUGGCCUACUGCUAACAAAAGAACACACAAACAGACAAACAAACAAACUUUCUCUAACAGCACAUCCUUUUUCCACUCUUAAGUCACUUUCUUUUGCUCACAAGCGCACUAGCACUAACCACCGAAAGCAACUGAUGAAGGAAACCAUCGUAGAUUUCCGAAACCAGUUUAACAGUUCUUAUAAAGUCUCUAAGGCUACCAUUGAUUGUUAGAGCCUAAAUCCCUUCACUUUAAUAACGUUAAAGGAAUUAUACAUAAUUAGGGUCUAGUGAUAAUAUUUCUACACUAGUGCAAAAAGGGAAUCUGUUUUGCACAGAAUAUAAUUUAUGACAUUGCACCCUUAAGUUUGCUGCAGAGUCUUUCAGAAUUAUCUCAUUUUUUGCAGUCACUUGCAUCUACUUGCUUCAUGGAAACACGAGUUUCCAUUUUGUUUUCUCUAGGAGUCACAACUGAUUAAAUGCAAACCAUGAAUAAACUUCCAAGGUUUUAUGUUGUGAAGACCGGUCACUUGAACUACCAAAAAAAUUAUGCAUUAAAACUUUCACUUCCAGUAGCUAGUCUGGAUGUUAUAUGUGUACAUUUUAAAAAAAUACAAGGGCUUACCUAUCAUUCUUCUUGCUGCAAACUGUACUGGUACACACAUGUAUGAAGCCCUCUAAACCUGAUACAAAAUUUUUAUCGUAAUGCAGGAAGUUUUAAUCUGGAUCACAAACAUGCUGAAAGAAGUUGGAGAAGACCCAACUGAUGAGAGAGUUCGGGAGUUUGUGGAGACAACAUUAAAGAGUGGGGUAAGUUUUGAAUGUAACAAUAAAAGUCCAAUAAUUUUUUAUCACAACAUUUGAAACUCCUGAUGAAUCAAACUUCUACUUUUCAAAGCUGACUCAGUUAGACAUACCAUAAAAUUCCAGAAAUAAGCCCCUCCAUGUAUAAGCCCCUCCAAAUAUAAGCCCCCCAAACCAGUGACGCAAAAAAUCUUCCGUUAAAUUGCCCCUCCAAAUAUAAGCCCCUUGGGGGCUGGUACAUGGAAAAUUACUCUCAAAUACAAAGUAAAACAAAGCAAAAACGGUAAAUUUACUUCCAACUAUAAAGUUAGCCCAAUCGAUUUUGAAACGCAAAUUUCCCUCCAUAGAUAAGCCCCUCCAAAAGUAAGCCCCCCAAAAAGGGCCUUUGAAAAAUAUAAGCCCCGGGGCUUAUUUUCAGAAUUUUAUGGUAUGUGAAGCCUAUUUACAUCAUUUUUCAUAACAUUACAAUUAUUAUUAUUAUUUUUCAUUCAAAAUAUUUUGCCAUUUGUGAUUUGCUCCAUCAUAGCCAACCGGUACUUACCAUAUUUGGAAGAUGUAGGUAAUAUUCACACUAAUUAAUAGGUUGUUCCCUGAAUGUAAGAUAGCAACUUCAAUUUCAGGUAUUGGCAUGGUAGCCUAGAUGUUAUGCAAGAGUAAUCUGAAAAAAGUAAAUUAAUGUUGGAUGUCCGAGGGUAAAUUAGCUGAACUUAUUGAUUAAAAACUGAACUGAUGAAAUGCAGGAAUAUGCAAAAAUCUUGAUAGAUGGAUGCCAUAUACAUUUUGAGGAGUAUCCAUAUGAAAAAGAAAUCUCUCUAAAUCCUAAAACUCUGCCGAGCAACUGACAAAUGUUUUGAAGAAAUUCGGGGAGGAGGUAAGGUUGUUAAGAACAUGAAAUAUUUUGAAUGAAUAAUAAAAGAAUUGUGAGUUUGAAGGCUUUUCAUCCACCUCAGCCUAUAACAACCCCCUUCACAUCAUAGUCAGCCUCAUUCAAUAACAGACCAUUUUACAGUUGUGGGUUGAGUACCCUAGCCUUCGAGUGAGUGUGAGGCUGAGGUUGAGCUUGUUUAGAUACAAACCUCCCUUGUUUUCUAAUGGAAAUUAUGCUUAAAAAUCUAGUAAGCAUAAGAAAAUGAUUUACUUAAGAAGGCAGGAAGGGUUUUUAUCAAAUCAAGGUCAACUCUAGCCUUGUUUCAAUCUGUAACUGUAAAAUGGGCUAUUGUUUAAAGGUUACUAGAUAAAUUUUUGGUUACUUUAACAGCAAGUUGUACCAGGUUUUGGACAUGCUGUUUUGAGGCAGACAGAUCCAAGAUACACAGCUCAGCGGGUUUUUGCUCUGAAGCAUCUACCUGAUGACCCCUUGUUCAAACUUUGUGGCCAGCUUCUAAAAAUUGUCCCCGAUGUUUUAUUGGAGCAAGGAAAAGCCAAGAACCCAUGGCCAAAUGUUGACGCACACAGUGGCGUGUUAUUGCAGGUAAAUACCGCAUUUGUACAUUGACCUUUCAACACUAGAAUAUUAUAUCUAAACAUAACAUUUCAGGCAUAUCCUGGUGUUGUUGCACACAAGGGCAUGCUGAUGCAGGUUAAUAACAGGAAAAUAUCCGAAAAUAACAAGUUGAUCACCUGCAAAAACACUAACCAGCUCAUAUCGAGGGAACACUUAAAGAAAACUAAUAAUUUUAUGUCUACUAAAGGAAAAGAUGUGAAAUGUGCAUGUAAGUGCUUAGUUAUACAGUUAAUGAACCGUUAUAGCGUGCGUACAAACAAAAACCUCUGAAAAUAGUUUUUAUAAUUUUUUUUCUAUUACACGUUGCUGGCAACCUGUUUACAAUGAGUUGUAUUGUACAGAAUUAUCUUGCUGCUGUACAAGAAUAAAACUGCAUUUCUUUCAAUAACAACCAGUUGCCUAGGGAAGCCAAGAAGCGUCCUUCAUUUUACUUGCACUCCGUGGUCUACGUCUCCAACACUUUCCUAAGGGGAAAAGAAGUGUCAGAGAUGUACACCAGGGAGCGGAAGUAACAUUUUUAAUAAUAAUGAUAAUAAUAAUAAUAAUAAUAAUAAUAAUAAUUAUUAUUAUUAUUAUUAUUAUUAUUAUUAUUAUAUUAUAAUAAUUAUUAUUAUAAUAAUAAUUAUUAUUAUUAUUAAAUUUUAAUAAUAACAAAAUAAUCUUUAUUACAAAACCUCAAUUAAAAUCCUAUUUACAAUCAACCUGCUGUUACAAAAAAUCUAAUUAAUUCAUCAAAAACACUAUCUACAAUUCCAUCCGUUACAAAAGAAACCCCUCGUCCUUCAUUAGAGAACAAAAACAAUCCUAUAUAUUAUAAGUGAAGAUAGAAAAAACUAUUCAUUUACAAAUUCUAAAAAAUAGAAGUAACUUAACCUUACAUAAAAGAAGAGGAAAUAGAUAUAAUUAAUAAUAAAAGUUCAAAAUUCUAUAAAAUUAAGAAUUCCAUUAUGCAGAGAUAUUAAGAUCCUGCAAUCGAAUUAUACUAAUGACGGCUAAACCAGUGUCCAUAAAAAGCCCUAAGUAUAAAAGCAUAUAGACACGUAUUUCAGAUAUCCGCACUAGCGACAUUUAUUUUACAGUCUAAUGAUUGCUCUAGCUUGCUACGAAACGGCGUUCGCGAACCUCUGACGCAUGCAUGUACCGAUCUUAAGAGUUCAAACGAGAUCUGUGUCCUGAGCCAAGUGAUUACAACAUGAUAAGGCUCGGUGUCUUUCUGAGCUAUCUUGUCUGCGAGAUGCUUUAAGAACCGCUGACACUCGUUUCCCAUUCCGCCAUUGGUUCCAAACACUAAAGGCGUAAACGAACCCAUUUCUACAUCUAACACCCACUGUUGGUACUUGCGCUUCUUCUCUUCUUCUUGCUCUUUGAACACUUCCGAUGUUGGCUUGCUCUGGUAACACUUGGAGUUGACGUGCGUAACUCUAACAUCAAAAAAUGCCGUAACUCCUCUUGCCCAGAAACCUCCCGCUUUGAUGUCCAACCUUGCCUCAGAACUUGUAACAGCGCUCCUCAAAUGAAAUCGCUCGUUGUCCAGGGGUUAAAGGCGUGGUUCGAUUUCGACAUUAUUGCAGAUCUUGUCGAUUAUUAUUAUUAUUAAUAAUAUUAUUAUUAGUUAAACAGUUGAAAGAAACUUUUGAAUUUUAGAGGCUGACAGUUUUUUUUUAUUGAAAUGAAAUGUUUUUAAUUCGAAUAAAUAUUUCUUAGUUAAAUUAACUCUUUCUGAGCUAAAUUAAGUGCUUUUUAAAUCGACAGGAAUUGUAAAUAGCGUUUUGAAUGAAUAGUUUUUUCUUUUUUUCAAGCGAAUUUAUUGUAAAUAGGAUUUUAAUAGUUAGCAUUGUUGUCAAUAAAAUUUUUUCAUUUUAUAAAAAAAUUAUUAUUAUUAUUUGAGGCAGUUGAUCAUGAUUUGGGUCAAAGAAGAGCGUUAGCAUUGUGGGCAGGUGUCAUUGAAGUAUCUUUUUAAUUUAUUUGUUUGUUUGGUGUUUCAGUUCUAUGGCUUAAAGGAGAUGAAUUAUUACACAGUACUGUUUGGUGUUUCACGGGCGCUUGGUGUUUUAGCUUCAUUGGUGUGGUCACGUGCGCUGGGCUUCCCAAUCGAACGCCCAAAGAGUAUGACAACAGAAUUAAUGAAAGCAGCAGUUGGGGCUAAAUAACUGACAAAUACUUCAGCAAAAUAAUAAGGGUAGAACUUUUUUUACUUACGAGAACUAGCGAACUUCUUGAAACAAGAUCUGUGUGGUUUUUGAAUGCACUUUUUGUCAGUCAUGUCUGGUCAACUUAAUCAUCUAUUUGUAACUAUCUUUUUGCCCAUAAUAAGGACUAUUUAUCAACUAGAAAUUUUGAAAACGAAUUGCACCUUGCUUAAGUAUUUUUAGCUAUUUAGUCAAUAGAAAGACUGCAAGAAAAUGACUACUUUUUCAAUAAAUAUUGGUGUGUUAUUACUACUGAGGGCCGACAAGGCCUGUCGAUGGAAUAUGCAGUUUGUACUCAAUGUGCAAUACUUGUUUUAAUGUUGAUUAAACCUCUGUUUAUGUGCUUAGCGCUUUGUCCAUAAAAUAUGUUUAUCAUUUAACCUCUGGUUUAUUGAACUUUGUUGUCUGAUGUCGAUGAUACACGGCGAUUGGUAUGAAUAUAAAUGUAGCCUCAACUAGAACAAGUAUUUAAUAAAUAGAGGAUGCUGUAUUACAU